AUGGCGUUCGCAGCAAUCAAUUCGGCCGGGGCUCCGAUCGCCGAGAUCGAGGAGGCUUUUGCGACCGAACCCUCUCUAAAGCAACGAGUCUACGAUGCGAUCGGCUCUACACCUUACCACGAACCCUUAUUCAAGGACCUCGCACGAUAUACCUCUUCCCUGCUGGCCAGGGCUGCCACUACCACAUCCCUCCCGUUCGUGCCGCCGCCCAGCAACGGUCCUGCCGCGAAAAAGCGCAAAAUAGAGAAUGGACAGCCGCAAGUGACGGUGCAAUCAUCUGCGGAUUUGAAAGAUCCCAAUGCCCCAGUUCAAUUCUAUGUUCAGGAUGUGUCGUUCGCUAUACCUCAGCGCAAGAAGCUCAUGCUCGAGAUAACCGCUAGUGGCGGGCUUCGUGCAAGAAACCAGGCUACAAAAGAGAUUGAAUUUGGUGUUUCCAUGGACCGAAUCCGUCAUGCCUUGUGCCUCCCCGUGCCAGAGAAGACCCAGAAACAGUUCAACUUUUGUAUCAUUCCCGAGUACGCCGAUGGAAUCACACCACCACCCGAGGGCGUGAAUGGCUCAGAUUGUAUGGUUUUCACAGUGGCCGAUGGCCCAGCCAAGGCUGCGUUCACCGGACUGGGGCAACAGAUUGGUCACAAUGAGGGCGAAACUGCGGAAGGUCUGAUCCGGAAGCUGCUGAAUGAUACCAUGCCAAACACGAAUGUCGUGCGGCCCGAUGAGAGACAGUUUGUGAGCGCUAUGCCUGAAGCCCACCGCAAGGGCGAGAAGGCCUAUCAUGUCAAAGCCUUCCGGGGUAGCAAAGAAGGGUACCUUUUCUUCCUGUCUACUGGGAUUCUGUUCGCUUUCAAGAAGCCCCUUUUGUUCUUCUCCUUCGACACCAUCGAAUCCGUUUCAUAUACGUCUGUUCUUCAGCGAACAUUCAAUCUUAACUUUUUAGCCCGCCCACGCAACGGAUCCGAAGAAGACCAGAUGGAAAUCGAAUUUCAGAUGAUAGACCAGGCCGACUUCAGUGGGAUCGAUACCUACAUUAAACGACAUGGCCUACAAGAUGCAAGUUUAGCUGAGGCCCGGCGCGCGAAAGUGUAUAAUGUCAACUCUGGCAAAAACCAGGAUGGAGCUGCCGAGGCCGGCGGUGAAGAAGAGGAAAGCGAGCUUCAAAAAGCCCAACGGGAGCUUGAAGAUGAGGAGGAAGAGGAUGAAGAAGACUAUGACCCCGGGACCGAUGGUGACAGUGAAGGAAGUGGCUCCAGCGAUGAUGAUGAAGAUGAUAGCGAUGACGACGAUGAGGACGAGGAAGACGCGGAAGAAGAGGAGGAUGCCGCCGAUCAAGAUGGGGAUGGAGAUGAGGAUCUCAUUAACCAAAAACUUGGAAAUGAAGCCUAA